AUGCGUCAAGCAAAUAAGUUAGCUAUUGGUCUGAAGGGGUUGGGGUGCGGGAGGGGUGACAGAGUGGGCAUAUGGGCCCCCAAUUGUUAUGAAUGGCUGCUUACACAGUACGCAACAGCAAAAAUUGGUGCCAUCAUGGUCAAUGUGAAUCCUGGCUAUCGGGCCAAUGAGCUCCAGUACGCGCUGAAUCUGGUCGGCUGUCAUACCCUGAUCUGCAGCCAACAGUUCCGGUCCAGUAAUUACUGCGAAAUCUUGGAUAACAUAUCACCGCAACUGUUGCGCAACCAAAACAACUCUGAAGGCAAGGCUAUCGAGUGUGAUAAAAUCUCGAGUCUCAAGAAUAUAAUAGUAAUAAACAGCGGCGACGGGGAGACGGAAAUUGCACCAAAACACAUACCCCGUGUCAAUGACCUGAUGGCCAGCGCGGGUCACACCGACGAGUUGGUCGACGACCCGACCAUACAGUUUGACGACCCGAUUAACAUACAGUUCACUUCGGGCACAACUGGGCAGCCAAAGGGGGCGACACUAACCCAUCAUAAUAUGAUACAAAACGCUUAUCUGACGGGUAAACGAUCGUUGGAAGGUCUGGAGCCCAAUGGCCUUACAGUAUGCGUACCCAACCCUUUGUACCACUGUUUUGGGUCAGUGUUGGGCUCAUUGCUAAUAGCCCUCCGCAGGGCCACAAUGGUAUUGCCGGCCCCCAUAUUCAACCCACAUAAAACACUCGAGGCUAUCGAUAAAUACAAGUGUCACAUGAUAUACGGCACGCCAACCAUGUUUAUCGAUAUGCUGGCCUGCGAUCCCAGCAAAUACAAUACCAGCUCAUUGGUUAGAGGAAUAAUGUCCGGUGCCCCCUGUCCACCACCUCUACUCGAUGAGAUCUACAAGCGUAUACCCACGUGCACCAGCAUAUUGAUCCCAUACGGAGCCACCGAAAGCAGUCCAGUGGUCAGCCAUACAUCGGUGCGCGACUCGCCUGAGCGUCGGCUCAAAUCUGUCGGCCGACCCAUAGAACACGUGGAGAUCAAAAUUGUAGACCCGAUUACUGGUGCCGUACAGCCGGUGCGUGUGUCGGGCGAAGUGUGCACUCGUGGUCACUGUAAUUUCAUGGGCUAUUAUAAUCAGCCUGAUCAGAGCGACAAAGUGCUCGACAAAAAUCGUUGGUACCACACAGGUAUAUUGUUCGUUACGAAAGACUAUUUACUCAAUGACACCCGCAGUGACAUCGGUUUUAUGGACGACUCCGGGUUUCUCUAUAUCAAUGGCCGCAUCAAAGAGAUGAUCAUUAGAGGCGGUGAAAACAUAUACCCCAAAGAGAUCGAGGACUUCCUGAUGACCCACCCGUCCGUCGCCGACGCACAGGUGGUGGGAAUACCGGAUAAACGUCUCGGUGAAGAGAUGGUCGCCUACAUUAAGCUUAAAACGGACGGCGCGUUAGACACCGGAGCCGUUCAAAAAUACUGCAAAGGAAAGAUCAGUCACUUUAAAAUCCCGGAGCGCGUAGUGUUUGUGACCGACUUUCCCCGCACUGUCACCGGGAAAGUGCAAAAGUUUAAGCUUAAAGAGUUGGCCGCUAAACAAUAUGCGCAUAAUUAGUUUUAUCAAUAAUUUAGUAAAUAUAAAAAUUUUACAUUUAAUUAGUAUUUCAG